AACCUAAAACAUGGCGGCCGCCAUUGAAAGCACUGAACGUUCAUCAUCAGAGACUAUUCUGAAUGAAGUGAGGAAGUUUCUAAGAGGUACCAGCAAAGAACAUGCCACGGGCAGAGAGAGUUACACCAAGUCGGCUCUAUACUUACUACAAACUUUACCCACUGCCAGAUUUGCAGUGUUGGAGCAUCUUUGCAGUGUCUUUGAUGAAGCAGUCAAUGAACAUUUGAUGAGACUUUUGUUGAAUUCGGAAAAUCCAGUAGAUGAAAAUCAUAGUCAUUUGGAUGGUGUGAUACAAGAUGCCUGUGGUGUUCUGUAUAACUUCAUUAGGACUGGUCCCCAGGCCUGGGCACCCAUCAUCUCUAGUUGGUCGUUGAAGCUGCUUGGUCAGAUCAGCCAGGAGUAUGCCACUCAUCGCAUGGUUCCUCAUGCUAACUCUCUCAAUGAACUUCUACAGCUGUGGAUGACCUGUACUCCCACCAAGUCACUCAUGGAGGUGGCCACUGAAUGCUUUGCAGCCAUGAUUCAGGGUGCUCCAGACUCCUGUGUGGAUGCCCUUCUGGAGGCUUCUGUCAAGUACAGUCCACACUUUGACUGGGUGGUCGCUCACAUAGGGUCGUGUUUCCCUGAUACUAUCAUAACCCGAGUGUUGAUGUGUGGCCUCAAGGACUUCUGUCACAAUGGUGGUAGAUCAGCUGACAUGGAAAUGAUGUCAGAAGAAAGGAUACCAAAGAUGGCAUCUGUUGUUGGGAUUCUGGGACAUCUUGCUUCUAAACACAGCCAAGAAAUACGCCUGGCUUUGAUGAAACUGUUUGAGGACAGCAUACAUACCAAGAGUGACACAUUGAAGGUGACUACUGUGCCAUUCCUUCUUCAAUUGGCCUCCAUGUCACCUAUGCUGCUCCAAAUCCUUACCACCGACUUCAUACAAAGCUUAACUCCCACUGUCUUGAACAAACUCAGCAGCCAGUUUGCCAAUUGGAAGGCGUCAAAUGCUCAUGAAUAUGAGAGUUUCCUAAGCCUUGUAAUUCACCUCAUCACCAUGAUAGAUGUUGGCUCAUAUCAGGUCCUACAGUUCUUUCUCAACAUGGCUGAGCCUCAGGAAAAACCAAGAGUGGAGAUGCCUAAUGCUGAAGUGAGACAGACAUGUGUGGUCCUGUUGAAUCGCUUAGUGACGGAACUUCAGAGAGCAGUGUUUCAUCGCCAGAGAGAUGGAAAGAGUGACGUCCCUUUGCUUGCUUCUCUCACCCCACAGGCUACUCACAUCACAGAGAUGUUGCUCAACAGUCAGGGACACAAGGCAGAAUGCCUGGUGAAGCUGUUAUCUUUCAUUGGUUUGUACAACGGGGAGGACUGCACUGCUGAGAUCUUGGCUUACAUCAUCACUGAGUCUAAGGAAUGGCACCAGCUGAAGCGGUUCCUGGAGCUACAGUUGGUAAAGGAAGUUAGACUUGGGGAUAUCCUUGGACGUACCACCUGUAAACUGAUGGCCUACCUCCAGCCUCCCAUCGUCUACUGUCCUCAACGCCUCCUCAAGAAUGUCCUUAUCCUGCUACAACAAGAGAGUAAAGCCAGAGAUAACACAGUUAUCAGGUCAACGUUGCUGUUUUAUAUGCGAGAGAAUUGGGAGUCACUGAUACCGCUUCUUUCUCACACUGACCUCUCCGUAACCAUGACAACUCUUAAGAUUCUUGAGAUUGUGGGCCUGACUAGACCAACAUCCAGUGUAUCAGCUAUUCGGAUAUCCUCGGCUCUCGUUAUUGUGUUCUUCAAGUCAAUCGAAUUGACAGAUUCCCACAAAGCCCAGCGGUCAGUACAGGUGUGUAAACAGUGUCUCCAUCAACUGUGUCAUCAUAGCUUUGUCCAGUGUGUCCUACUACGCUUCCUUCUGGAAGGACUCACCAACAGAGAUACCUGUUUCCUUUUUGGUGCUAAGAUGUUGACCGGUGAUCAGACGGAUCGUAAGGACCAGCAUCCAAAGGUGUCACUUCUGGAGGAAAACAACAAGCAUGGCACAACACUAACUUUACCACACUCACAGUCCAGUGUAUUCCAUGCUGGAAUUAUUGGUAGUGGGCUGAGGUCAAGGUCGUCAGGUACAUGUUUAUCAAAGGAUCAUGUAAAUCGCAACAAGAGAUGUCUCCUCGAUAUAUUACAUACGUGCUCAGGUCAGAAUGUCAAUCACAGCCCCAAUGUUACCAUGGAAACUGAUACUGUGCACUCCGAUUUACCUCAUAAUAAAGUCCGCCCACUGACCUUGUCUGGUGACCUUUGUCGUAUGAUUGGCAGUCUGAUCACAGAACUGACCACCCCAGAUGUAUUGUAUAACAACCGGUUUUGGCCUGAAGAGGACUCUCUACGCUUCACUGUGGAACGAGAUCUGUAUGUUUGGAAAGUGUUUGACGAAAACCCAGUAUUAUGGGAUGUAACAGAGCUAUACUCAGGAAACUCUCUUGCCAUGUGCCGGUGCUCUCCAGUUCUCAAAUCCCUGAUGGCGGCCCUAAUGAACCACUUUGAGUGUUCUCGACUUUCGCGAGCCCGUGACACACCGAAACAGAACGAGUCUGCCUGUCGUCUAAUACACUGUCUGUCACGGAGCUUGCUUCUACCCUAUCCUCUGAAAUAUGUGUCGGAGUUAUUUCCCCUUGUCACAUCAUAUGAAGCCUAUUUAUUACUGCUAGCAGUUUGGAAGUAUAUGAAGGAAAACCCUCCAACAGAGGACCCAGAGGAAACCAAGCGGCGGGUGUGUGAAACCCGCCAUACAGACAUAGUGCGAGCGAUCUUCCACAGUAACAUUGACAAAAUGGGCCACCUCUUCUUUAGGUUCUUCAAGGAAUGAUAUCUUUCUGAAUGAUGGACCCUAAUCAAUGUGAAUUCACAGUAGAAAGCUGUGAACAGCAUAUUUAUUGUCUCAUACUGAUGAUAAGGUGUACAUACAGCUGUACUGGACCAGAGGUCAGUGUACAUACAGCUGUACUGGACCAGAGGUCAGUGUACAUACAGCUGUACUGGACCAGAGGUCAGUGUACAUACAGCUGUACUGGACCACAGGUCAGUGUACAUACAGCUGUACUGGACCAGAGCUCAGUAUACAUACAGCUGUACUGGACCAGAGCUCAGUAUACAUACAACUACCAGACCACAGGUCAGUGUACAUACAGCUGUACUUGACCACAGGUCAGUGUACAUACAGCUGUACUGACCACAGGUCAGUGUACAUACAACUACCAGACCACAGGUCAGUGUACAUACAGCUGUACUUGACCACAGGUCAGUGUACAUACAGCUGUACUGGACCACAGGUCAGUGUACAUACAGCUGUACUGGACCAGGGGGCAGUGUACAUACAAAUUUACCAGACCACAGGUCAGUGUACAUACAGCUGUACUGACCACAGGUCAGUGUACAACAGCUGUACUUGACCACAGGUCAGUGUACAUACAGCUGUACUGGACUACAGGUCAGUGUACAUACAGCUUCAUUGUACAAACAGCUUUACCAGAUUACAGGUCAGUGUACUGUAUACAGCUGUACUGGUGACAAUAGAUCAGUGUACUGUAUACAGCUGUACUGGUGACAAUAGAUCAGUGUACAUGCAGCUGUACAAGAGAUGACAAGAUUGAUGUACACCAGUUGUACAGGAGACCACAGACAGUGUACACCAGUUGUACAGGAGACCACAGACAGUGUACACCAGUUGUACAGGAGACCACAGACAGUGUACACCAGUUGUACAGGAGACCACAGACAGUAUACAUAUAGCUACACUGGAGAUUGAAAGUUUAUUGUUUCUAUCAGAUUUAAUAAACAAAUAAAAUAUCAUAGAAG